CGUGUGCGCGCGCGGCGGGGAACCGCGGCGGCCGUCAGAGGAGGAGCUCUGAGACCCUAAAGCCAUCUUUCAUCCUGUUUUUGCAGAAGAGAAGGUGAAAUCCCAGGGAAGUGACUUACAGGUUAUCAGAUUGGUCAGUGCAGAGGCAGAAGCUGGCCAAGUUGCUCCUUCCUACCUACCUGAGGGAACACCCCCGGCCAUACUUCCUGUUUCUCCACUGGAAUAUCGAUCAAAGUUGCUCUAAGUCACAGAAAAAAAAUGGGUCAUUUAAACCUCUGGAGGACUCAAUUAUCACAGCACUGCCAUUCGACUACCAGCUAAGAUUGAUGAUACAAAUUUAUAAUAACAAAUGUGCAUGUUACCGAAGCACCGAAGAACUACAAGAGGAUAUCUUUCCUAAAAAUGAUCUUCAAGUGUCAUAUUUCUAAACACAACCAAAUAGCACAAUUAUUAAAUUAUUAGACUUGCUGAUACAGGCACACAUGUGCAGCAGCUACUGUAUACUGAUAAUUAUCAAACCUCAAAUGUAUGUGAUUUCUCUCCAUGAGAAAAGUCCUUAGAUUUGCAAGCAAUCACUGAACAUUGCCAUUAGGCUCAUAUUCAGUUGAGUGUCAUUGAAGAGUGUUUUCUUGAAACAUAUAGAAGGUUGAACGUCCCAGGACCAGGUGGAUUGGAUAUUAUGGCAGCAGCUUAUAGACUUGUGGUUAGUACUGUGAACCACUACAGCAGCGUGGUGAUAGACCGGCGUUUUGAGCAAGCUAUACAUUAUUGCACUGGAACCUGCCACACGUUCACACACGGUGUCGACUGCAUUGUAUUUCACCAUAGCGUUUGUGCGGACCUCUUGCACCUCCCAGUGUCUCCGUUCAAAGAUGUCGAUCUCAACUCUAUGUUUCUACCCCAUGAAAAUGGCCUUUGCUCUACUGAAGGUGACUACCCCCACCAGGCCCUGGCAGGCAUUCCCAGGGUCAAGAGAUCGUCCACGUUCCAGAACACCUGUAAUUUAAAGGACAUUGCCGGGGAAGCCAUCAGUUUUGCCAGUGGCAAAAUAAAAGAAUUUUCCCUGGAAAAACUCAAAAACUCUCAUCAUGCCGUUUACAAAAAGGGAAGGAAAGUGAAGUCUGACUCAUUCAAUAGGAGGUCGGUUGAUUUUGACCUGCUCUGUGGCCAUUAUAACAGUGAUGGGCUCUCCCCGGCCUUUGGCUUACUCCGGAGUUCCUCAUUGGAGGAAAAGUCUUUGUCCCAUCGAAACUCACUUGAUACAAACCUGACUUCCAUGCUUCUCCAGAACUUCUCUGAAGAAGACCUGGUAACUCAGAUUUUGGAAAAACACAAACUAGAUCACUUCUCUCCUGGGACAGACAUAAAAAUGUGCUUAGACAUCUUACUGAAAUGCUCUGAGGAUCUGAAAAAAUGCACAGACAUCAUAAAACAGUGCAUAAAGAAAAAGCCAGGCGGUAGCAUGAGUGAAGGGAGUGGGAACGAUGCAAGUUCUACCUCUGAAACUGUCUAUAUGAAUGUGAUGACGAGGUUAGCAUCCUACUUGAAGAAGUUACCAUUUGAAUUCAUGCAGCCUGGGAAUAAUGAGACCAUCGAUAUAACAGAACUGGUCAAUAAUGUGCCUAGCUUACAACUGACUCCCUUCUCUCCCAUAUACGGCACCGAACAGCCCCCUAAAUAUGAAGAUGUUGUCCAGCAGUCAGGUCCGGACUCUGGACAGUUUCACACUAUUGAAUCGCAAGGUGACACACAUAAUUCUAGGAAAACAGACACUGUAAAAGUCAUUCCGAACAACUCUACCAAUUCCUUACAUAGGCUGGAGGUAAAUGAUCCCAGAACUCUCAAAGCUGUCCGACUUCAAUCAGCCACGAAUCCUUUGGAGAACAUUUCUGCUGGUGAUUUAAUGGAAACUCUUUAUAUUGAAGAAGAGUCAGAUGGAAAGAAAGCAUUCUUGGACAAAGGACAAAGGACAGAGAAUGGGCCUGGUCAGGAGCUGUUUAAGGUGAACAAACAGAGAGCCGAAUUUUCAGACCAUGGUCUUCACCUUCAAAAAAGCCCUGCCUCCGUGCAAAAUAAUAUCGGUAAAGUGUUUGAGACGCCAGUUGUUCAUCUACCUGAGGAAGACUGUAAAUCAAAAGUCCCUAGCGUGGAAGUGAGAGACCAGAGAGGUUUUAUGAACCCUAACAGUCAGGAAGAGAUUGAUAAAUUGUUACUGGAUUUGGAAUCAUUCUCACAGAAGAUGGAGACCUCUCUAAAAGAGCCACUUGCCCAGGAUAACAACCUUACUUCUCUAAGUAGUCACGGUCAUGUGACUAGUCCGAUCCCUACAGAUGUGGACCUUAAAUUGAAAGGCUCUUCAGCCACAGAAAAAGUCUCACCUUCCUGCCUAACAAGGAUUAUUGAAACCAAUGGACACAAAAUAGAGGAAGAAGAUCGAGCUCUCUUACUGAGAAUCCUGGAAAGCAUUGAAGAUUUUGCUCAAGAACUCGUUGAAUGCAAAUCAGGUAGAGGGAGCCUGUCUCAAGAAAAGGAAAUGAUGCAAAUUCUACAGGAAACCUUGACAACUUCCUCCCAGGCCAGUCUGUCAGUCUGCAGAAGUCCUGUGGGUGAUAAAGCCAAUGAUACUUCUUCCAUGGUUUUGAUUCAGCAGACCCCAGAGGUGAUCAAGAUUCAAAAUAAACCAGAAAAGAAACCUGGGACACCACUUCCACCUCCAGCAGCCCUCCCAAGUAGUCCCCAACCUGACUCUCUGGCCCCUCAUGCGAAUAAUGCUGUGAACGCACCAUUGUCCAUAAACAUUCCACGCUUCUACUUUCCGGAAGGACUCCCAGAUACCUGCAGUAACCACGAACAGACGCUGAGCAGAAUCGAAAAUGCUUUCAUGGAUAUUGAAGAUCAGAAAGCAGACAUUUAUGAAAUGGGGAAAAUUGCAAAGGUCUGUGGCUGUCCUCUCUACUGGAAAGCCCCCAUGUUCAGGGCCGCGGGGGGAGAGAAGACAGGAUUUGUGUCCGCACAGUCAUUCAUUGCUGUGUGGAAAACGUUGCUGACUAACCAUCAUGAUGACGCCUCUAAGUUCAUCUCUCUUCUGGCAAAGCCCAGCGGUAGCUUUCUAGAACAAGAGGACUUCGUCCCUUUACUUCAGGAUGUGGUGGAUACACACCCUGGCCUUACGUUCCUAAAAGAUGCUCCAGAAUUCCACUCCCGAUACAUCACCACGGUUAUUCAAAGAAUAUUCUAUACCGUCAACAGAUCUUGGAGUGGAAGAAUCACUUCAACAGAGCUAAGAAAAAGCAACUUUUUGCAGGUAUGCCACUUCCAUAAAGAUACACUGAUCAACGUCAAUAAGCUUCAUGUAACCCAUACUUCAUCAAACAGAAUUAUUGAAAGGAUAUUCUCUGGGGCAGUAACAAGAGGAAAAACAGUACAGAAAGAGGGAAGAAUGAGCUACGCAGAUUUUGUCUGGUUUUUGAUCUCUGAGGAAGACAAACGGAACCCCACCAGCAUCGAGUACUGGUUCCGGUGCAUGGACCUGGACGGGGACGGCGUCCUCUCCAUGUACGAGCUGGAGUACUUCUACGAGGAGCAGUGCGAGCGCAUGGAAGCCAUGGGCAUUGAACCCUUGCCGUUCCAUGACCUGCUGUGCCAGAUGCUGGACCUGGUGAAGCCAGCCAGAGAUGGCAGAAUUACGCUGCGGGAUCUGAAGAAGUGCAGGAUGGCUCACAUCUUCUAUGAUACUUUCUUUAACCUGGAGAAGUACCUGGACCAUGAGCAGAGAGAUCCCUUCGCAGUGCAGAAGGAUGUUGACAACGAUGGGCCAGAGCCCUCCGACUGGGACAGGUUUGCUGCGGAGGAAUACGAGGCUCUGGUGGCUGAAGAGGCCUCCCAGGCACAACUCCAGGAAGGCUCCUUUGAGGAAUAUGAAACAGAUGAACCUGCCUCCCCCUCUGAAUUUGGAAACAAAGGCAAUAAAACAGGAACCUCAAAUCUUUCAGAGAAAUGUGGCAAGCUUCAGCCCGUGGAUGAAGAGUAGCUGCCACUGUCACAGGAAAGGAAGACGUAAAUGCAUUUCAAAUACCUGUCCUUGUCAAGAGAUGCUCCAUAGUUUGCAUACUGCUUUUUUAAAAAGGCUUUGAUCCCUCUGCACUGCAGACCUCCAGGCUGAUAACCUUUCACCUCAGGAGACUCCUUGAGCUUGCUCAGACUUCUUGCAGAGGCUUUUCUCAGAGGUGAACCAACCUAACGGUGAUCAUUACCUUCCACACCUUCCAACGUCUGCACCCCUGAAUGCACCACCGCUCUCUUGGGAACAGUGCUGAGCCCAGCAGAAACUGCCUUAAUGUUGGCCAGCUUCCCCAAGACCUCUCAGGGCUCCUAUGGAGCCUAAAGGAAACCUUGAUUUGCAGAAAACUUGAGUCAAAAAAAAAAAAAAAUCUGGAACUUGGAAAGUAUUAAAUGGGCCUCCAGAAUUGACGUAGCCCUAGUAAUAAAAGCACUGCCAAAACAUCUCAGAGACUUCUGUUAAUUAUGUGUACUGGAGUUCAAAGAUCUUGAACUUAACCUGGUUUAAUAUAAUUUCAUGAUGACCUACCGAUCUACUAGUCACUUUACAUCCUCAGGUAUUGUAAACCACUGGGCCUUCCAAUCUGGCUGACAAGCGAUGGCAACCUCCCCAUCGUGACUGGAUAAAAAUCUCAAGAACAACAAAAAUUCCUUAAAAAUGAAGACUAGUAUAGAAUUUGGCUCAUACUUGAAAACAGCAAGCCUUCUAACUUACACAUUUGUAUAGAAUUACUGAAUGAUUUCUUAAUCUACAAGUUCAUUAUCUUUUAUUUUCUAGCAGGCCCACUUAAAGCCUUAAAAGGAAUGGUGAGAUACUCUAAGAAAAAAUUCUUCUAGAUAUACUGCUUUCUUCAUGUCACCAAGAUUAAACUGGAAGUAAACUCAAAUCUACUAUUCCAGACACCAUAGAAAUGGAAGAAAAGUGAUAGCAUGAGGUGGGGGGCGGGGGGUGUGAAGCUCUUAUUGUGAUGGCAAUUAUGUUCACUUCAAAAUUUAUGCUUCCCAACAGGUCACAGUGCCACCAAAUCCCAUAAUAGCCAGGGUGGGAAGAGGGAUGCAAAGAAAAAGACUAAAAAAGGAUGGACAUUUCUAAUACAAGAAGCCCUCACUGAAUGGCUUCAAGUCAUCUCUGUCAAGAGCCAUCAACUUUUCUCCUAGUUACUUGUGGCCAGGCUUGAAAGUACAGCUUCUCUCUGCCCUCCAUCUUGGUUCCUUUGACCAAUAAACAAACCUUGGGCUAUGACAGACAGGAAAUGAAGAACAGGAUAAUUUAAGAAAUAUAUAUCAACUAAAACAUAUGAGCAACCCCAGGAAUUCUGCCUAUCAAUAUCCAAGCCAGAUUCCUAGUGGGAUUUUUAUCUUCAUUAGAACUAAUCUUCCAUUUAACAGUUCAAAAGAUGGAUUUUUAAGUGUUUUUCUGCACUUGGGCACAAGCCUGUACUCUCAGCACUCAGCAGGCGUGAGGGCACUCUGAUCCUGUCUCCAAAUGGAUUGUGACACAUGAAAUUUCCACCAGUUCCAUCCCAGCUUCUACCAGGGAAGAAAAGCAACACUCUUUAAUGCCAGAUGAAAACACACAAGGUUAAAACUUUGAGAAAUCAAAUAUGGUAUGAAUGUUUCACUAUCCAUAGUGAUUCAAAUUAUUUGAUUCACCAAAAAGUAGUAAAGAAACAAAACUCAAGUUUUAUACUAUUUAAACGAAUGUAGAGCUGGGCUGCUUAGGCCUCACCUAGCCAUUCUGCAGCCACAUGUAACCUUUGUUUUCCUUGCUUGCCAUGCCGGCAGUGAAAGCCAGGGUAUUGCACAGCCAGGCAACUGCUGCAGCCCCAGCCCUCGUCUUGUUUCUCCUAACUGAAAUUCUCUUGUCCACAGUUUGGUCAAUAAUUGAAUUCUAAAAAUCUGAUCCCAUUUAGAAGAGACAUUUUCAUUUUGAUUAGCUCAAGAAUUACAAGCAUGUAUUUCAGUACACUCCUUUCUUAAGCUGAAUGCAAUGAGUAUAAAUUCUGAGGACGAAGGUAAUAUAUACUCCUUUCUGCCAAACUGCAAAUUGCAAGCAUCACAAUACCCCAGGAGCCUUGAUACAAGAGAAACUGAGUUAUCAUGACCUUGCAUAACAUUAGUUGCCCAGGUAAUCAAAAAAAAAAAAACUGUUUCCCCUCCAUUUUAUGUUACUAUGUACUGUUUCAAAGUAUUUUUUUUAAUAGAUCUAUCCAACAAAAUGUCAUUUUCUCAGCUUUUGAAAAUGUGUGUUUGGGUGGAGAAGGCUGCAUGACUUGUUCUUUUUGCAAAACAAUAAAAGUUGACAAAUAGAUGAAUCUUA